CCGCGCGGCGCGCCGGGCCGGCCCCACACUUCCCCCCUUCGCCCGGCCCCUGCUGGCUGCGACCCGGCGCGCGGCGCGCGCGAUGGACGCCGAGGCCCCGGGCAGGCCCCGGGCCGGCGCCGCGGCGGACGCCCCACGGAGGCCCGCGCUGCGCCGCGCGGACUCGGCGGGCUCCCAGUCGAACGGCUCGGUGUCGUCCUCCGCGACCACGAGGAGCCGCAGGAGCUCGACCAUUGUGAACCUCUCCGGCAUGGCCAAGUCGGACGUGCUGAUCGAGAAGGUUGCCCAGAGGGUUCACCGAGAGGGCCGCGCGGAUUCGCGCGGGUGGGCGGGGGACAUCGACGCGGACGCCGAGGACGGCGAGACGAGGAGCCUGCUCAGCGCGGAGGAGCGGCUGGACCGGAUGGGCUGCAGCCCCGCCCUGUCGCGCCUGCAGCGGCUCUCCGGCACGCUGGGGGACCCGAGGAGCCACGACGCCCGGGCGGUGGGCGUGGACCUGCGCACGCUGAGCCAGGCGCGGCGCGGGCGGAG